GAGGAUUAAGAAAUAAUGGGAUUAAUCUAUAAAACUAUUUGUUUGCUUUCAGCACUAAUAGGGGCCAGUCAAGCAGGGAUUUCUUGUGAUUUUGAAACAGACUUUUGUGACUGGUAUCAGAUUAAAUCUGACCACCUUGAUUGGAAGCUAGGUACUUCAGGAACACCAGACAGAACUUCCGGUCCUGAACAUGACCAUACUACUGGGCAAGGGAAUUUCGCCUACCUAAGCGGUAGUCAUGCCCGGUUAAACAAUGCUUCCGGUGGAAUGAUCACACCGUUAGUGGUGACCAAUGAAACGGCGACACUGUCAUUCUGGUAUCAUAUGAAUGGUAAUGGAAUUGGCAGCCUGCUUGUCCUAAUCAUUGAUGUGAACGGAAACAGACAAGAAAUCACCAGAAUUACUGGAAGACAAGGCAACGAAUGGAGGAAAACUAGCUUCGAUUUACCAUCAGGAUCUUUUAGAAUCUGUAUCCUAGGAACAGCACGGUAUCAUUUUGGCAGCGAUAUUGGUAUUGAUGACAUUAUACUGCUGGGUCACGUACAAGAAAUAACAACCACACCUCCACCCACCACUCCAGAACCAACUAUUGAUGUUAGCGAAUUGAAGUGUGACUUUGAGCUCGAUUUUUGCCAAUGGAAACAAGAUGCAGAAGAUCAAUUUGAUUGGAGAAGAACUGCGUUCGAUACGCCAGAUAGAUCUUCCGGUCCAAUAGCCGAUCAUACAACCGGAAACGGAUCCUACGCAUUUAUCAGUGGGCACGAGGUAAUGCAAACAUAUUGGAUCUCUCGAAUGAUUAGCCCAGAAGUUGUGGUCUAUAAACGGACAACGUUUAAAUUCUGGUACCAUAUGAACGGCCAUGGUAUUGGUUCCCUGAUCAUCAAGAGCCUAUUGAAUACUGGAAAAACGAAUCUACUGUUUAAAGUGACUGGAAGACAGGGACCAGAUUGGAAUGAGGGAAGAAUAGAUCUACUUCCUGGAAUUUACAGGCUAUCUAUUGAAGCCACAGUUCGUCUCCACUAUGGUAGUGAUAUAGCUAUAGAUGAUAUAACAGUUGUACCACUAUAGUCGAGAUGAUCAGGUUGUGUCAAUAGCGAUAACUGUGCCAACCAACACAAUGAAACUGUAUAUAAUGUAACUGAAAUGUGAUCUGCAUCAUAGGGUCAAAUUGGGUGUUUCAGAGGACUAGUUGUAAUAUAAGAAUGUAUUUUUAUCCUAUAUUAUCUAAUAUUCUGGUUAAUAAAAUUAUAGAACUCC